GCGGCUACGCUGACGCACGCGUGCGCUCUUGGUCGCUUUUGCCAACUCUGGUUUGACCUACAGCCGCCAGGAGAAGAUGGCCGCGCCGGUAGUGUCUGGGCUCUCCCUGCAGGUGCGAUGCUUCAGUACAUCUGUGGUCAGGCCGUUUGCCAAGCUUGUGAGGCCACCUGUUCAGGUAUACGGUAUCGAAGGUCGCUAUGCCACUGCUCUUUAUUCUGCUGCAUCUAAACAGAAUAAACUGGAACAAGUAGAAAAGGAAUUGUUGAGAGUAGCACAAAUCUUGAAGGAACCCAAAAUGGCUGCUUCUGUCAUGAAUCCCUAUGUAAAGCGUUCCAUUAAAAUGAAAAGCCUAAAUGACAUGACAGCAAAAGAGAAGUUUUCUCCCCUCACGUCCAACCUGAUCAGUUUGCUUGCUGAAAAUGGUCGCUUGAACAAUACCGCUGGGGUCAUUUCUGCCUUUUCCACCAUGAUGAGUGUCCACCGGGGAGAAGUGUCUUGCACAGUUACCACCGCAUCUCCUUUAGAUGAAGCCACUCUUACCGAAUUAAAAACAGUCCUGAAGAGCUUCCUAAGUAAAGGCCAAGUAUUGAAACUGGAAGUUAAGGUUGAUCCAUCAAUCAUGGGUGGAAUGAUUGUCCGUAUUGGAGAGAAAUAUGCUGAUAUGUCUGCAAAAACCAAGAUUCAGAAGCUGAGCAAAGCGAUGCGGGAGAUUCUCUAAAAGUGUUGAUUUCCUAAAAGUGAAAGUUCUUAAACUUGGAGCAACAAUAAAAUGCUUCCUGAACAGAA